GCUUCUUGACAGCUGCCGGGCUGUCCUUGCAUUUAUAUGGGUCGCAUGAGAUCCGGUAAACAAAACAAACUCUAAGAAUUCGCGCUGCGGUGUCUAAAGUAGUGUGUAGGACGUAAAGCACCAAUAGACUCGUAAAAUAUUGAUAUCGGAUCAAAAAUGAAUGCUUUUAACAUUGUAUUAUUUUUGUUGCUGCUUCUGAGGGCGGGGCACUUCCACGCAAGGCAGGGUGCGCAGAGGCCGGCUGUUGACGAGGUCUCGGACCUCAAGGAGUUCAAGAAGCUCCUUCGCACCAAGACCAACGUGCUGGUGUGCUUCGUGAGCUCUGUGAAGCAGGCGGCGCCCACAGUGAAGGUGUUCCGCGAGGCUGCUGAUGCUGUGCGCGGCCAGGGCACCAUGCUGCUGGUCGACUGCUCAGGGGAGGCCAAGAAGAUGUGCCGGAAGAUGAAAGUGUCGCCAGAGCCAUACAUGCUCAAGCACUACAAGGAUGGGGACUUCCAUAAGGACUAUGACCGGCUGCUGUCGCCCGCCUCUAUGGUGGCCUUCAUGCGUGACCCGGCCGGUGACGCGCCCUGGGAGGAGGACACAGCCGCAGGAGACGUGGUGCACGUCCCAGAUGCACCGAGCCUGGGCAAAUUCCUGCGCAAGGAAAUGCGGCCCACGAUGGUGAUGUUCUACGCCCCGUGGUGCGGGUUCUGCAAGCAGCUCAAGCCGGAGUACGCAGCGGCCGCCACGGCGCUGCGAGACCGCGCGGCGCUCGCUGCAGUUGACGUGAACCGUCCUGAGAAUGCUGCUGUUCGCCACAAGUUCAACAUCACGGGAUUCCCCACCUUGCUGUACUUUGAGAAUGGCAGCCAGAAGUACGUGUAUGAGGGAGAGAACAAUAAGGACGGCAUCGUGGGCUUCAUGCACAACCCGCAUCGGCCCCCCGAGAAGGCCAAGGAGCCAGAGUGGUCCGAGACGAAGAGCGACGUUGUGCAUCUCACUGCCGCAACCUUCGAUCAGUUCCUCAAGGCAGAAUCGUCUGUGUUGGUGAUGUUCUACGCUCCAUGGUGCGGCCACUGCAAGAAGAUGAAACCAGAGUACGAGAAAGCAGCCAAGAUCAUGAAAGAUGAACAGAUCCCGGGGGCGCUGGCGGCGGUGGACGCGACAAAGGAGACCACGGUGACCUCGAGGUUCGGCAUCCGGGGCUACCCCACGGUGAAGUACUUCCGCGGGGGAGAGCUGGGGUUCGACGUGAGCGUGCGGACGGCCGGCGAGCUGGUGGGAUUCAUGCGGGACCCGCGUGAGCCCCCGCCGCCUCCCCCGCCUGAGCGGCCCUGGAGCGAGGAGGCCUCGGAGGUGGUGCACCUCGGCGAGGACAGCUUCAAGCCCUUCCUCAGGAAGAAGAAGCAUGUGCUCGUCAUGUUCUACGCACCCUGGUGUGGCCACUGCAAGAAGGCCAAGCCGGAGUUCUCGGCGGCCGCGGAAGAGUUCAAGGACGACACGAAGGUGGAGUUCGCAGCCGUGGACUGCACGGAGCACAGCGCCGUGUGCUCGGCCUUGGAUGUGAAGGGCUACCCCACCUUCAAGUACUUCCACUACUACAGCAAGGAGAGCAAGCCCUACAAUGGCGGCCGUGUGAAGGCAGACUUUGUCAGCUUCAUGCGGGACCCGCAGAACCCGCUGGCGGGCAUGGUGCCCCCCGCCUCGACGGAUGAUCCGGCAGAGGCGUGGGGCAUGCUGGAGGGGGCAGAGCACGUAGUCCACCUCACGGAUGUCAGCUUUGACAAGCAUAUCCGCGAGGGCCGCCCCACACUCGUCAUGUUCUACGCUCCUUGGUGCGGUCACUGCAAGAGGCUGAAGCCCGCGUACUGCCAGGCGGCCGCUGCCCUGAGCGAGGACGGCUCCCGGGGCGUGCUCGCGGCCGUCGACUCAACCGCCAACCCCGCGCUCACCGACCGCUUCAAGGUGCAUGCCUUUCCCACGCUGAAGCUGUUCGCGGGCGGGGCAGCGCCCUCGGACUAUGAGAGGGCCCGCACUGUCGAGGACAUUGUGGCAUUCAUGAAGACUGUCGGCGGCGGCCAGAAGAGAGACGAGCUGUGAUACCAUGUUCCCACUAGUUGAACUGGAGAGCACAGAGUUUGCUCUUUUUUUUAAGAGAAUACUGUCCAUUAUUUGAUUAAAAAAUGUAUUUGAAAAUUUGCAAA